GAGAAAGUUUGCUGCCUGAAAAGGGAGGAGUGCGAGGAGGGGAUCAGGUGAUGCUUUUCCUGGCCAGCUGACCAAUCACAGCUCUUGGUCUUUGGAGACCUGCUUGACUAUUUGCAUGCAGGAGGGAAGAGAUGACACUCACUGGAGCCAGGCCAACUCAUCUGUGCUGCAGGGAAACCUCUGUUAGCAUUAUGGCCAUGCCGCCAGUCGGGGAACUCCACAGGACGCAAUGACGGCCGACAAGGAGAAGAGACGAGCGAUCAGCCGUGAGGCGGCCCGGCGGCGGCGGCGCGUGGAGUCGGACGUGUUUGGUGAUCUGUCCCGCCUCUUGCCGCUCCAGCCCUCCGUCAGAGCUCAUCUGGACAAACCCUCCGUCAUCCGCCUCACCCUCAGCUACAUACGCAUGCAGGCGCUGCUCAAAGAAACUGCCGGGUCGGGCGCGGAGCUCGGACACGCCGUGAGAUACCGCCACGGAGGAGAGGCGCUGGGCGGCUGUCGGUUUGAGUUGGGUAAAGAGACGGAGGGAUUGAACCCGUUGGAUGAAACCAGCAUGUACCUGAAGAUCCUGGAGGGAUUUCUCAUGGUGCUGUCCACCGUGGGAGACAUGAUCUUCUUAUCGGACAACGUCAGCAAGUACAUGGGCCUGAGCCAGACUGAGCUGAUGGGGCACAACAUCUUUGAGUAUACUCACCCGUGUGACCACGAGGAAAUCAGACAUAACCUGCGUCUGACUGCAGAACUUGGGUGCAGCCAGAAGAGGGAUUUCGUCAUGAGGAUAAAAAGCGCUCUGACACACCGAGGAAGAGUCGGGAACCUCAAGUCGACCACCUGGAAGGUGCUGCACUGCCAGGGCAGAGUGAAGCUGUGCUCGGCCUCGUCUUCGGUGUCCUGCCUGCUGCUGACCUGCCGACCUCUGCCGCUCUCACACACGCUCCUCAGCACACACACCUUCACCAGCCAGCACAGCAUGGACAUGAGGUUCACAUACUGCGACCAGAGAGUGACGUCUCUUCUCGGCUACCGGCCGGAGGAACUGCUGGGCCGAUCCAUCUACGAUGUCUGUCACACUCUGGACACAACCUGCCUGAACAAAAAUCACCUGAACCUGUGUCUGAAGAAUCAGUCGGUCAGCGGUCAGUACAGGAUGCUAGUGAGGAGUGGAGGUUACGUCUGGGUGGAGAGUCACAGCGCCGUCAUCCCAGGUGUCCAAUCGUCCAGAUCCAGACCCAUCCCCAACCAGACGCUCUGCAUCCUCAGUGUCACCUACAUCCUCAGCGGCGUGGAGGAGCCGUCUCUGCAGCUCUCUUUGGAUCAAACUUUCCAAAGAUACUUGAGAUGAAAUCAAAGUUGGAAGAAAAAAAUCUGCUGCGACCAAAACUCUACUAGCUUUCUUUUUUUUAAUGUAUUAUUUUCCCUAAUUUUAUGUUUAAUAAAUUUGAACUUUUAUCUUUCCAAAACGACUUGUGCUUUGUUCUGCUUCUUACGAUACUUUGAUGCAAAGCUGGACGUGCCUCCAGAAAUUUGCUGUAACGUUGAGUUCAGUGGCGGUUCAGGCAGAUAACCCUCCAACUUCUCCGUUUGGUACCGUAGUUUCAUAAUCGCUGCUGCAGACUGUGGUUGACAGGCAGUUGACGGGGCGGAGUCACACGAAACGUGUUGACAAAAACAGCCUGUUUGACCUUUCCUUGACCUCCCUGGGUCUGACCGUGCUUCCUAUGGGGUCGGCUGCUGGGCCACCUGACACGUGGGGUGCGUGCAGGACGCGCACACACAGAUGCGCACUCUGCUGAUGAGGAGAUGUGAGUACAUGCGAGUCGAAGCCGCAGCUUCCUGAAUAGAGGCAGUCGACAGGAAAGUUCUCGUGGGAACUGUUUAAACUUUUUACCUCUCGACCUCUGAAUGCACGCCGAGUUUCAGUAUCACCGACUGCAGAGCGAAAAACGAGAGAGUAGAAAAUAGCUUCAGAAUGAAAUGCAUGAAGGUUGUCAGUAAAAUAAAACUGUCAUCUCAACUGAUUUAAAUUUGUUCAUGUGACUUCAUCACAAGCGCGUAGCAGCUCUUCGGUAAACAGACCUGCAGAUGCAACAAUAUUUUAACGUAACCAAAACAAAAAAAAAAACAAAUAAAGUCUUUUAUGAAUCUGAAUACAGAGUUUGACUAUGUUGAAAAGCAGGAAUAAAUGAGGAAUCCUUAAAAUUCCCAAUUUAUUUUGGUCUUAAAGGUUUAAUUAUUUAUCAUUUGGAAUCUGAAGCUGUUCUUAGGGUUAAAGUUUCACCUUUUAGUGCAAACCAUUCAUCUCUGCAACCUUUGUAACGUAAAGAGCUGUUUUGCUCUCAGGCAGAACAGAAAAACUAAAAUGUCACAUGACUUUUUGAAGAAAAGACAUCCAAUAAAAUUUCGAAAAAAAUCGUGUUUAGACAUUUUUUUGUAAUUUGUAGUGAACCACCACUUUGUCUCUAUUUUUAGGAUUUA